AUGCACCUACAUGCGGAACUACAUCUUGUUUACGAAGAAAAAUUGAUGACACUCCUUGGAUGAAAAAGCUUUCAAGCGAAUGAUCUUACCUACACCAGAAAUAAGACUACGCACUUUACUAGGCGUUGAGGUGUAAGCCUUGUUCAUGAUCGUUCUUUCGUACCUGUGCUGCAUCAAGUCCCGUAAAAAGUUAGAUGAAGCCAGCUAGCAACUAUUCUAUUCAUUUCAUGCAUCGCGACGUGAAGAGUCAGAAUGUGGUGGUGCGAGGAACGCAGCUGAAGUUGUGUGACUUCGGAAAGACCCGCAAAUUGGAGGACAAAGCGGACCUUCUGAAAAGCAUCCAGGUGAAUGAUCUUAUGGUGCUUAUCACUCUUUCUGAAGAUUUUCUUGUGAGAGGAAAACUGUACUAGAAUACCGUUUGUUAGAACGCUUUUUUGUUUAAUGUAGAAGGUCUACCUGAAGACAGACUAUUCUUGCGGAUCAUGUCUUGAUUAUGCUGGCGGAAGGUUAUACUUGAUAGUUUAUCAAUCGGUUGUGCUGCUGCUCUUCAACAGAAGGCACAGGAUAGUUGAAAGGCCUCGAUGAAGAUGUCAGUACGUUACGUAUAGAUGAGGAUCCAUGACAUGACAUGACCAUUCUUGCGGAUGAUCUGGAACAACUAGUCAACUACUUCUAAAAAUCCGUCACAACAAGUUUCAUCGCGGCAAGACUCUGGCACCCCUCUUUCUCCACAGCAGCUGCAAGCACAGCGGCAGCAGUUGGAGUCUCUGGCGCUACCUCGCGCCACCCUUCUGACCGAAAACGGCGGUAGCCCUCGAUACAUGCCAAGGGAAGCUUUUUUCGCGAACCGAUUCGUCACUGAACGAGUAGACGCGUGGGCUUUUGGCUGCUUCCUGCUCGAAUCAUGGACACAGAAAGUACCUUGGCAUGAAGUUGCUUCGUCAUUAUGUGAUGUAACCGUGUUUUUACUAUUCAUGGACACAAAGAGUGGUGCCUUGGCAUGAAGUUGCUUCGUCAUUAUGUGAUGUAACUCUGCUUUUACAUACUAAUACUAUUGGGUAGUGUAGUACUCAUCUGUGUACUUACAACUAUGUGUUAUUACUACGGUGGGUACUAUUAUUACUACAACUACUAUCUUCACCAAUAGAUGCUAAUACUAGAGUCCGUCGUGGAUCUCGUGGUGCACCAGGAGCGAGCGCCGAAUGUGGACUUGCUACCGCCAGCGUUGAAGUUACGAUGUUGAAACUCAGCGAAUUUGCUUAAUUGCGGUUGCUCUGACCGAUGGAUGAAUAAGAACUUGUACUGAAGUGCGGCUGAAGAACAUGAUCUUCCCGCACACGAUUCUUGCCCUUGGUGUGCUUGUAAGUACUUUGAUCAAUCACAGCAAAUAUUUAGUAGUUGUUGGAUGAGGACAGACUUUGAUUGAUAACAGCGUAUAACUACUUGUUGUGUAACUUAUACUUUAUUUGGCUGACUCACGGAUCUAAUACAGGGAAUCGCACAAGCAUUGUUCCGAGUCGACCCCGCAGAGCGACCCUGCAUGGCUGAAGUGCUCUACUUCUUGCGGCGACAUAAGCACGAUAUAAUCUGUGGGGAACAAUCAAGCGCGAUAGCUGCCGGGAAAUAGUCGAGGCAUCUUCUUUGGAACCGUCGGCGUAGAAAUGAGUACUGGUAAUAAGAAAUUGGGGUGACAUGGAAAAGAAGACAAGCACAUGGACAGCAAGACUCUGCUUUAGCCUGAUGCCCGGCAUCUGAGGAAAAGAGUUUUCUAUGAAGCCUGCGGGAACGUCCUCAUCACAGAAUUUGGACAAGAAGACAAGCACAUGUACAGCAAGACUCUGUUAGAAGACUUCUAUGUUAUAUGCACAAGAAGGAACAUAUAAUAUCUCAAGACAAGAUUGAACAGUUGAUGAACUACCCGGCUAGAAUGAAUCCGGGCAAUGAACCAUACGACCUUAAACAACG